GUUUAUGAUAUUUAUCGGGAAUUUAUGGGCGAAUUUGAAUUGAGGAAAAAUUUGGAAAAUCGUCUUGACGAAGGCGGACGGAAACUUUUGAAGUCGCAAAGUCAAACGAAUGCACUGAAGAAGAGAAAUGAUGGUAUUGCUGAUGAGGUCGGGCAGCUUCUCAUGGGCGUGCGGGACGCCAUGUCGGAUUCGGAUGGUGGCGUGGUAAAACGAUUGAGAGAUCUUGUUUCUCGCGAGGAGAGAAAGAUUGGAAUUAAAUUGGCAAAAUUAAAAGGUCCUAGGGAAAAGUCAGUCGAGAAGGAUAUGAGCAGUGUUAUUGACAGCUCUCCCGCCCUCCUGACGAAGGAGCUCAUUUCUCAGAGGAAUGAUUUGCAGUCAAAAGUUGCUACCUUGACUUUUAAUAGGAAGGCUGAGAAAAAAAGAAAGCCUGCCCGUCGGUCGAAUACGGAUUGGCUGACGCCGCAUCAGCGGUAUAAGAUGGAAGAAGAGGAUUCGAAAGCUCAAAGGGAGGUUCAUAUACAAUUGGUCAACUUCCGAACCACUUAG